UCUCUCCUCUCUCUCUCUCUCCCUCUCUCUCUCUCUCUCUCAGUAUGUCUCAUCCUCUCUGCGUGGUGGUUGGACUCUUGCUGAUCACAGUAUUGUAAUCGGAUCAUUAUUAUUUGCCGGAUCAAUACCAGUUAUUGGAUCAGGAUGAAGCUCCUCUGCAGCGGAUCGAUCAUGUAUCUGCUUCUUCUGCCAGUGUGUUUGGCCGCUCACGGUCGCUACGCUCAGAAGCUGCUGACUGACUUGUUCACUAACUACACCAACGCUCUGCGUCCGGUGGAGGACACCGACCACAUCAUCAACGUCACGCUGCAGAUCACGCUCUCCCAGAUCAUCGACAUGGAUGAGCGGAACCAGAUCCUGACUACCUACCUGUGGGUCCGCCAGGUGUGGAUGGAUGCCUACCUCACCUGGAAGAAGGAGGACUACGACGGCCUCGACACCAUCCGCAUCCCCAGCAGCUACGUAUGGAGACCCGACAUAGUGCUCUAUAACAGUGCAGACGACGAGUUCUCCAGCUCCAUGGAGACCAACGUGGUUAUAAGUAACGACGGCAAGGUGAUGUGGGACCAGCCGGCCAUCACUAAGAGCUCCUGCUCCGUGGACGUGGCCUUCUUCCCCUUCGACUUGCAGCAGUGUCACCUGACCUUCGGAUCUUGGACUCACAACGGUAACCAGAUGGACUUGUUCAACGCCUUGGACACCGCCGACCUGGCCGACUUUGUCCCCAACGUGGAGUGGGAGGUUCUGGGCAUGCCGGCGAAGAAGAACGUCAUCCUGUACGGCUGCUGUUCAGACCCGUACCCGGACAUCACCUUCAGCCUCCACCUGAAGAGACGGUCCUCCUUCUACAUCUUCAACCUCCUCAUCCCCUGCAUGAUGAUCUCCUUUCUGGCUCCGCUGGGCUUCUACCUGCCGGCCGACUCCGGUGAAAAGGUGUCUCUGGGCGUCACGGUGCUGCUGGCCCUCACCGUGUUUCAGCUGUUGGUGGCUGAGAGCAUGCCGCCCUCCGAGAGCGUCCCGCUGAUAGGAAAGUAUUACAUCGCUACCAUGACGAUGGUCACUGCAUCAACAGCGCUCACCAUCUUCAUCAUGAACAUCCACCACUGCGGUCCCGAGGCCCGUCCCGUCCCGCGGUGGGCCGAACGUUUCAUCCUCAACUACCUCGCCCGCAUCUGCUUCGUCUACGAGGUCGGAGAGAACUGCCUCGGCGGGACGUCUUCCAGGAAACAACCUCUGUCUCAGGAGGAGUCCGAAGCCCCGUCGGCCAACGGCAGCAACCCCAAAGGAACCAGCUGGGAUGUGAACGGGCAGGUGUGGGGGGGCAGGGUGGAGGAGGACGGGGAGUCUCUGAGGCUAGGACGGGAUCCGACCAACCAGACGGACUGGAAGGAGGAUCUGUUUGUGACCAUCGACCACUCGGAGGAGGAAGGAGCUGCUGGAGGACCUGAAGGGGAGCCGGAGGAGUCCAACGCUGGAGGAGCAGGAGGAGCAGGAGGAGGAGGAGAGCAUGUGGAGGAAAAGAAAGGCGUAGGAGGUGACGGAGGAGGAGGCGGCGCCGGGGGGGAGAGAAGGAGGGAGAUCUUGGUGAGAACCCAGUGUGUCUGCCAGCACCAGGGACUACGCAGGAACGUUGAGUACAUUGCCAACUCGUACCAGGACCAGCGAGCCGCUCAGCUGCGUAUCGGGGAGUGGAGGAAGGUCGCCAAGGUCAUGGAUCGCUUCUUCAUGUGGCUCUUCUUCAUCAUGGUCUUCCUCAUGAGCAUCCUCAUCCUGGGGAAAGCCAUCUGAUGGAGAUCCGGCUCCGUGAGGGUGUGACGGUGGCGAGUCGGUUGCCCGCUAAAAGUUUAAAAUCAGUCUUCAUUUUCACCGAACAAGUGAACAAUGAUGGUUUUGUUUAAAUAGAAAUUUUCAGAUAAAGGUUCAAUCUACCGUACCCGCCAUAAACCGAUACUCUAUCCGGUAUCUUUGCAAAUAAUGAUUUCCACCAGAAAACGUAGACGUGAGGGUUGGAAAGAGACUAAAUGAGUGUUAACACUUCAUCUUACAGGUCCACACAUUUCAUGGUAAUUAGGUGAUAAUUAGCAAGUACCCUAUUAGGAAUUACUGCCAAAUUACCUCAAUACUUAUCGAAAAUGACUUUGUUAUAAACAUUAUU